AUGAAGCUUUCCAAACUCCGACAAAUACUCACCUGUGGCCGUAAGAAAGAUCCAGAUUCCGGAACAAAAAGCAAGCCACAUACGGAUACUGGAGGUGAUAAUAGAGAUGAUGAAUCUUAUGGCACUUUGAGCGAAGUCGCUGCUCCGCGCCCGGUUGAGCCCACAACCGAAGAGGAGGAGGCACGGCGGGAAUCCCUCGAUAGGAACAUCUCUGAGGCACAUUCGCACCCUCAUCUCAGCAAUAAUUGA